AUGAACCUCUUCUUUGGUAAGGCAAAAUCGAAAACUACAGCAAAGGAUGCCAUCUACAAACUGCGUGAGACUCUGGGCAUGUUGGAGAAGAGACAGACCUUUUUAGAGACAAAAGCCGAGAACGAGCUAAAGAUUGCCAAGGCAAAUGCUACAAAGAACAAGAGAGCCGCUUUGAUGGCUCUGAAAAGAAAAAAGACUUACGAAGCUAAUAUCGAAAAGAUCAAUGGUGCUCGUAUGACCAUUGAAACCCAAAUGAUGGCCAUUGAGAAUGCCAAUGUUAAUUUGGAGACGAUGGGUGCUAUGCGUGCAGGUGCUGAAGCCAUGAAGAAUAUACACGGCUCCAUGGACAUUGAUAAGGUUGAUGCCACCAUGGAUGAUAUUCGUGACCAAAUGGAUGUUGCAAACGAAAUUUCAGAGGCUAUUUCUCGACCUGUGAAUGUGGGUGAUGAGUUGGAUGAGGAUGAUUUGUUGAAUGAGUUGGAGGAAUUAGAACAAGAAGAGUUGGAUGCCAAGAUGUUGGAGACGCCUUCACCGGUUGUAUCUGCACCCAAUGUGCCUACCCGUGUGCCUAUUCAUAAUGUCACAGUAGAGGAAGAUGACGAGGAGGCUGAACUUCGAGCACUCAAAGCAAGUAUUGCCAUGUAA